AAAAAAAAAAAGAACAGAAAACCUCGCUAAACCCUUGAACAAGAACAAAAGCCGUUUCAGUAGAAGAAAAAUAAUAAUGGCGGAUUCACUACUAAUGUCAAGUUUCCGGCGAAUACCACCGGCAGCCAUUCCGGCGACAUUAGAUUGUAUAUUACUAGCUUCACCAACUUCAUCUCCAUCUUCCCUUUUCUCUUUGCUUCUUGAGUCUCUUCCAAUCCUUUCAAAGGAACUUAUUAUGCAUGGAAGUGGAGAAAGCUUGGAUGACGAGAGUUGUAAUUUUGUUGCAUCAUAUGUGGGCGCACUUUGUCACAUUUUGAAGAAACCGGGGCUUAAUGUUGAAGCUUUACAGAAUUUUGUUUGGAGGGUGCUGAUUCCAAUACUAAGGAUGACCCAGAGUUAUGGCCGUGAGAUAGUUGACAAGGCCAUGGCUUCUUUCUUGGAUGUCGUGAUAGAAACAAAUGCUUGGGGGGUCGUAGAAGAAACCAUGGUUCCCUAUUUCAUCAGAUUGGUUGGUUUGACUAUGGGAAUGCUUCAAAAUGAACAAUCUGCCAUUUUUAGAUGGACUAAUAAAGAUCAAAGUCGCGAAGACUCAACUUUGACCACUUUCGAGUCUUUCCCAUUGUUCAUGUCAUGCCAUAUCUUGACAUCUAUUUUAGAUGCUUCUGUAAAAGGUAAAUGUAUUUCAGAAAGUACGUAUGGAUCAAUUUUGGCAAAUGGAUGCACUGUGCAUAUAUUUACAAGAAGCCUGCUUUGGGAUAUUUGUAACGUGACUUUGCAAAUGCUUUCACACAGUCCGGAACAUCGGUCUUGUGCCAUCACUGUUUUCCUUCCACAGCUUUUGAAAGCAUUUGUAUCUGAGAAUGCGUUCCAGAUCUCAGUUCAUGGUCAGGAUUUUAUAUUAUCUAGGAACACCUUCUUUGCUAAAAUUUGGAAAUGCUGCAAAAGUUUGUUUUUAAUGGGGCAUUCGGAGAGAAGAGAUGCAUAUGCUAUACUCUCUUUGUAUAUAUCAUAUCUUGCAAAGAGUGACAGAUGUGAAGGUGAUUCCGUGAGUGGAGACGGGACAUUUGACUUAAGAGAUGAAAAAGUGUUUUGGGAUGAGAUGAAGAAAGGCUUGGUUGACAAAGAAAGCAUAGUGAGGAAGCAGUCACUGCAUAUAUUGAAGAGUACAACUAUUAGCAGUGAGAGAAAGCAGCACACUAGUGUUAUGGAGACAACAUCCAACGAGAAAACUUCAAACUCUAAUGGUUUGACUAAACGGGAGCGAUGGGCUAGCAAGGAAGCUAAAUCUCUUGGCAUAGAGAACUUAUGCGAUUCAGUUGACUCUGAUUCGACCAGUCAACUGAAAUGGAGUGCAUUUUUCCUACUGUAUGAAAUGCUUGAGGAGUAUGGUACUCAUCUUGUUGAGGCGGCAUGGAAUUACCAGAUGAACUUGCUGCUUCACACAUCACAUUCUUCUGAUAAUCUUCUAAAGCCUGUUGGUGAAAGGCCUAAUCUUGAUCCUAUGGAAACAUUAGAAGAUAUGUUUGAUUGGUUAGCUGUCUUGUGGCAACGGGGCCUUUGCCAUGAUAAUCCUCAAGUACGGUGUUUGAUCAUGCAGUCAGUUUUUGGGAUAGAAUGGAAGAACCAUGGAAAUUAUGCAAAAUUUGUUUCUAGAGAUUUUAUACUUGGUCCUUUCAUACAAGGGCUGAAUGAUUCUGUGCACCACAAAGAUUUUGGACUAAAAGGAGUCUAUUCUUCAAGGACAAUUAAUGGUGCUAGCACAUUUUUACACCAGUAUAGUGUGUGCUUAAGCGAAAGGGAACGGAUGAAGUUUUUAGUCAAUCUUGCAUCACUUGUGAAAAAUUACUCUUUUGGUCGAGCUGGGCUGAUGAGUCUUGCUGAAUGUGUGGCGGCUGUUGGUGCCGGGUUCACGAUACCUGGCGAGACUGAAGUGGAACAAUGUGAUGAAGAUAGUACUUACAACGAUAAGGCAGCAUUACUUGAUGUUUUCAGAUUUAUUAUUGAGAGCAGCAAACAACAUUUUAAUCCUAAUUAUCGCCUAAAAGUAUGCGGAAAGAUUCUGGAUGCUACCAUUUCAGUAAUAUCAUCAUCUGAUGUGCCUCUUGAGUCCCUUCUUCUCUUCAUUUCAUCUUUUCCCCUGGACUUUCUGAAUUAUGGCGGUUCAUUAAGAGAAACAGCGCAGCAAUGGCUUCGAGGUUAUGAAAAGCAACCUUCUAAUUUCAAUAUCAGCAGCAAGCUAAUGAAAACGCUAAAUGAAUUCCCCAUAAGUUUUAUAAAGCAUAGUCACUCAACAAGUCAUAUAGUUAAUUAUGAUGACGAAGAUUUGGAAACGUGGGAGGUUAAGGCCAAAAGAUGGGCUAAGACAUUGUUUCUUACAGUAGAAGAGGAAUGUCAAUUUGAUUCUAUAUUGCAGUUUAUUCAAAUACAUGGAUGUGAGCUUUGCAAGAACAGUGGCUACCAGGAGUGGUUACCAGUUAAAUAUAUGAUUAUCAUCUUAAGCAUUCUUCAAGAACUCCAUGAACUGAAACACAGAACAGUUGAUAAUUGUGCAAAAAGAACCAACGUUUUUCUUGAAAUAGUGGAUCAUACCGAGUAUAUGGAUACUUCCCUGAUUAUUAAGAAGUUCACUAAAUUGUUCACUUCCACAUUGGAGGGGCUGCUGCCGUAUACCAAUAACUCAUGUUCUGUUUUCUGGUCUGAGGAUUUUGGGGAGACGACCCUGCCUUCAUCCGUAAAAGGGAGACUAGGAGGGCUUAGUCAACGGCGGCUGUCGUCUUCUAACACUACUGCUGUAAUACAAGCUAUAACGUCAGUGAAGACUCUUGCAUCCAUCUCUUCAUAUUGUGCACAAAAUCAAGUAGAAGAAGAGGCUUUGAAUUCUACUCUUGAUGUUCUUUGGCAACUCUCUUGGAAGAUUAUUUCUCUUGUAACAUGCGACUCAGAGACUAAAGCAGAAAUUAACCUUGGAGGAUAUGAAACAUUACAUCAUGUUCUGAAAUCACUAGUGUUUAUACCUUCUUCUUCCACAUUAACUCUACUGACGAGACCUUACAAUUUUUCAACUCUAGAAGCUGAAGUUAAACCGCAUAUAGAUUACUUUGUUCAGAUAUUUUUGGAUAACAUCAAUAAUCUCAUUGAGGCUGGAUUUUUGACUCGUGCACGAAGGGCAAUAUUAAUUGACUGGAAGUGGAUGUGCUUGGAAUCCCUGCUGUCAAUACCAAAAAAUGCUCUUCAGAGAGGAGCUUACAUACAAAAAUGUAAUUUCAUCUUUUCAGAUGCUCUGGCCAGAAAGCUAUUCAAUGAUCUAGUCGAUAGUCUGGAAAAUGCUGGUGAAGGUUCAGUUUUGCCCAUGCUCAGAUCUGUCAGACUGUUACUGGAUCUUUUUGCCCUAGGAGGCAAAGAUUCCACUUUUUUCUUGGGUGAUGGAAUUGAUAUUCAGAUGAUGUGGCAUCUGGUUCGUUCUUCUUGGUUAUUACAUGUCAGCUGUAACAAGCGUAGGGUUGCACCUAUUGCUGCACUUUUAUCUUCUGUUUUACAUGAUUCAGUGUUCGGUAAUAUGAACAUGCAUGAAUCUGAGAAUGCACCGGGACCGUUGAAGUGGUUUGUUGAGAAAAUAUUAGAAGAAGGAACCAAAAGUCCGCGUACUAUCCGUCUUACAGCAUUGCAUUUAACGGGGCUGUGGCUCACAUAUCCGAGUGCAAUAAAGUACUACAUGAAGGAACUGAAGCUUUUGACUCUCUAUGGCUCAGUUGCAUUCGAUGAGGAUUUUGAAGCUGAAGUGACCGAAAAUCAUGAUGCAAGGACUGAAGUUUCAAUCUUGUCAACAAGUCCUGACCCGGAGUUAACUGAGGUAUUCAUAAACACAGAGCUUUAUGCAAGGGUAUCUGUUGCUGUUAUGUUCAACAAACUAGCAGACUUGGUGGAUAUGAUUGGCUCAAAUGAUGAAGUUGAAAGCGGUCGUGCGUCCCUAGAAUCUGGCAAACUCUUCUUGCUUGAACUCCUGCAUUCUGUGGUGGAUGAAUCUGACCUUGCCAAAGAGUUGUAUAAAAAGUACAGUGCGAUUCAUAGGCGGAAAGUUCGUGCAUGGCAAAUGGUUUGCAUCUUAUCUCGCUUUGUUGAUCAAGAAAUAGUAUCUGAAGUUAUGGAUCUCUUACAUACAGCCCUUUAUAGAAACAACAUGCCUGGUGUUCGACAGUACUUGGAAACGUUCGCAAUCAAUGUAUAUCUAAAAUUCCCAUCACUGGUUAAUGAGCAGUUAGUCCCUAUGGUUCGGAAAUACGAUAUGAGAACUCAGGCUCUCUCAUCGUAUGUAUUUAUAGCAUCAAAUGUCAUUCUACAUGCCACGAAAGAUAGUCAAUUAAAACAUUUGGAUCAGUUGCUUCCUCCUAUUGUUCCAUUGCUGACAUCACAUCACCACAGUUUACGUGGUUUUACCCAGUUAUUAGUGUACCAAGUUCUUUCCAAGUUGUUUCCUUCCAUUAAUUCGGCUGUCCAUGGACUUGUAUCCUUGGAGAGCAAGUGUUUUGUGGAAUUAAAAACCUAUCUGGAAGAUAACUCUGACUGUGCAAGGUUACGGGUAUCAAUGGAAGUUCAUCUUGAUGCUUUUCAUCCAAAGAAAUCCAUAAUGCCAGCUGGAAUUUUCAGUAACCGAGUUGAUGACAUCGAAUUUGAAUGUGCUCACGUAUCCCUUUUAGAACGUGUGAUCGAUUUUCUAAAUGAUGUUAGGAAAGACCUCAGAUCUUCAAUGGCUAAAGAUGCAGCACAACUGAAAAAUGAGCAGAUACAUACACCUGAUUCCGAUUCUAAUAGUGUAGUCAAAGAGGAAACAUUCGCAACAAUGCAAAAUGAGAUGUCUUUGGAUUUUCAGAAAAAAGUUAUCAUUUCUAAUCACGAGACACAAGAUUCACAAUCCAGCUUGUUAAACAACAGUGACACCUAUAAUUCGCUUCUGGAUGUGGAAAAGGAGGAUCAACUUCUUGAUAAUUCUCUAAGAGCCAGAAACAUUGCUAUGGGAAAAUUGAAGGCUGGGAGACAACAAAUUAUUCUUGUUGCUUCAUUGCUUGACCGCGUGCCCAAUCUUGCUGGAUUAGCACGGACCUGUGAGGUUUUUAAAGCUGCAAGUUUGGUCGUUCACGAUUUGAACAUUUUGCAUGACAAGCAGUUCCAGCUCAUCAGUGUGACUGCAGAAAAGUGGGUUCCCAUUAUGGAGGUGCCUGUAAGUAAUGUGAAGGGUUUCUUGGAAAAGAAGAAACAAGAGGGGUUUUCUGUCUUGGGUUUGGAGCAAACGGCUAAUAGUGUUUCUCUAGACCAAUAUGCCUUCCCUAAAAAAACGGUUUUGGUUCUCGGUAGAGAAAAAGAGGGUAUACCGGUGGACUUGAUACAUAUACUGGAUGCUUGCAUUGAAAUCCCACAGUUGGGAGUUGUGAGAUCACUCAAUGUUCAUGUUAGUGGUGCCAUAGCUCUCUGGGAGUAUACUCGGCAACAACGAUUAUGAUAUUAUUCUUACUUAAAUUCGUGACUAAUAGACAGUUUUUGAUGUAGAGAACUUAGAUAAAUACAUGUAAUUGGAUUUGUAUCCUUUAAAAAAUUAAUAUUGCCCGUCAAAGAAUCUGUUGGUAGAAACAUGCAUAUCUUCGCUAAACAUGCACUGGGAUGCUGACAAUGAUGUAGAUUAUUUUCUUCAACAGAAACCGUCUUUUUUAUUAA